AGAAGCCCUUGUAGACGCCCGUCUUUCAUCAUGGCGGAGUUGCUGCUCGAUCCGGCUAUCCGUUUGUGGGUUAUUUUGCCCAUUGUAAUAAUAACGUUUCUUGUCGGAAUAAUCAGGCAUUAUCUGUCUAUGCUUCUACAGUCAAGGAAAGAUUUAGAUUUGUUACAAGUCUCCGACAGUCAAGCUUUGAUGAGGAGCAGAAAUCUUAGAGAAAAUGGAAAAUAUCUCCCUGAAGAGAGUUUUGAGGCCAGACGACAUUUCUUCAAUGACGAGACAGAAGGGUAUUUUAAAACACAGGAUAGGAAAGGACCAGUCAAGAAUCCAAUUUCAGAUCCAACAAUGAUGGUGGACAUGGCCAAAGGAAACAUUACAAAUGUUUUACCAAUGAUCCUCAUUGGAGGCUGGAUCAACUGGCAUUACUCUGGUUUCAUUACAACAAAAGUACCAUUUCCACUAACAUUGCGAUUCAAAGCCAUGUUACAGCGUGGCAUUGAUCUCACAACCUUGGAUGCAUCUUGGGUUAGUUCUGUGUCCUGGUAUUUCAUCAACGUGUUUGGUCUCAGGAGCAUGUAUGCACUUGUACUGGGUCAAGAUAAUGCUGCAGACCAGACUCGUGUCAUGCAGGAACAGAUGCAGAUGCAAAUGCAGAUGCCACAAGACCCAAGCAAGGCAUUUAAGGCUGAGUGGGAGGCCUUGGAGAUUGUCCAACAUGAAUGGUCACUAGAAAAAGUUGAGGAAGAGAUGAUGGAAGACUUUUCACCAACAGACAUUAUGGACGACAUUGCUAAAGACAAAUAUGUUUGAUAGACAUCCAAAUUAUGACCCCCUGAUGUAAAAAUGCUGAUGCUUAUGUCCUUGAAAAAGUGAUGGGGCUUUGACCUGUGC